CAAGACUAAUGUCUGCACUUCAUACUGAUUUUGACGUUGAUGUCACAGUCACAAGAAAAUGUUUACCGGCCUUUGCGCACCAUUUAGUCUUGUUUUUGUGUUUAUUUGCGAUAAAUAAACUAGUUCCAUUUAAUUCUACCUACAUUGAUUACGUUGAGUCGAGCUUGUUCCUCUGUGGCUGUGUUUUGAUGAAAUUAAGUGUGUGCUUGUGAGUUAUUAACUCGGUGUUGUGACUCUUUUUUGAAUAUUUUGUGUUUAAUUUCACGAUGAUUUCGAUGAAAGAAAACUCUAGAAACUGUUGCGUAUGCGGAUCUUCAACUUCUAAAGAUCCUACCCUCACUUUGCAUCGGUUUCCAAAGCCGGGCCCUAAAAAUGCUCAGCGCUGUGAAUUAUGGUCAAAGUAUAGCUUCCCAAACGACGCUUGGUCUUCACCAAAAUUCCAGGAUGAACUCUACACUAAGCAUAAGAUGCUUUGCAGCAAACAUUUUAGAAACACAUGCUUCUUGGAGAAGAAGUUGUUCAGAACAGCUGUACCCGAUGUUCAAUACCAUAGGAACAAUUUCAAGAGGUAUAUAUCAUCAGCCAAAAUCAAAAUGUCGACUGGAGAUAAUAUUGGAGUUACUUUGAAGAAGGUUACAACUGUUUUGGAAAAUUUUGCUCCAAAAAAACUGUCUGAAAGUUGGGAUAAUACUGGUUUACUUGUGGAGCCUUAUACUGCAAGGAAUAUAACAAAAGUUUUAUUGACCAAUGACCUGACUGAAGAUGUUGCAUUGGAAGCUCAUAAUCUUGGCUGUGAGAUGAUUGUGUCCUACCAUCCACCGAUAUUUGCGCCAAUGAAGUCCGUCGUUCAGAGUUCAUGGAAGGAGCGCAUUGUAUCAUACCUAUUAGAGAACCGUAUAUCCCUGUACUCUCCGCAUACAAGUUGGGAUUGCGUUCGCGGUGGUGUGAAUGAUUGGUUGGCCAGUGCCUUUUCCUUCACUGAGUCGGUACCGCUGAUUCCUGGUUCAGACCCUCAGUUCGGGGCUGGAAGGUUGUUGCAACUGACAUCCGAAAUUUCUUUGUCGACCGCAAUAUCGAAAGUGCAGGAAUUGAUUGAAAUACCCCAUGUGCGGUUUGCUUUGGGAAGGGGAAAACAAAUGUCAAGUAAUAUUAAAACUGUAGCAUUAUGCGCUGGUUCCGGUAGCUCAGUCCUAAAAGGCGCGGUUGCUGAUCUGUACCUAACAGGUGAAAUGCUCCAUCACGACGUUCUUGACGCUGCUCAAAAAGGAAUCAGCGUUAUCCUUACAAACCAUUCGGAUUCUGAAAGAGGCUUUCUCAAAGUGUUUUCUAAUAACUUCCAAAACUUAUUAAAUAACGAGGUCCAGGUAUUUGUAAGUAAACUAGACAAAGAUCCCUUAGUCACAGUGUAACCCCUCCUAAAAUAAAAUAAAACAAAUUUAUAAGUUCA